AUGCAGGACCCAAGCUCCAAAGUUACCCCUGCCAUGCGUUCUUCGGUAUCCCCGGGGGUUGAAGCCGUGCGCUCACCGGAUUUGGGUCGCGUCUCGUCUAAAAGGCCUCUGACAGCCGAGGAUAGCACGACAGACGCCGAAAAUCGCCGGAAGGAUCCAAAGGUCAGUCGAGCCUGUGAUACUUGCAAACGAAAGAAAAUCCGGUGCAACGGUACACUGCCUUGCGAGAGCUGUGCAAAACGAAAAAUUGCUUGUGCCUUUGACGCCAAAUAUGGCCGUGGCCGACCGCCGACUCCACCUUUCUCUACACCGUCACGAGCCCAGGAAACAAUAUUUCCAAGACCGCCAAUAGACUCAAAUACGACCGAUCAGAGAGACUUAGAAUCGGCGUCAUCGGCUUCGCUGGCCAGGGAAGCUCCGCAGAAUCCACGGAACGAGUCAACCUCCCAGUCUUUGCAAGAAGCAGAGAUCGAGGAUCAGUACUUUGAUCCAACAUCUGGCCUGAAUUUCUUACAUCGAGCCUGGCGAAAACUUUCAACUCAGAAGGGAGAUGGGGCUUCAUACGACUUUCAUGAAACAGAUAAGCGGCAGCUUUUAGCUUCAGCUGGGGAUCGUCCUUUCAAUGCCGACAGCAAUGUUUUUGAUACUUCGGAGUUUGUUUGCGUGCCCCAAGAGUCGAAAAUGCGGAAAUUGCUUGAAUUUUACUUCGAAACUUGCGUCGUAACAUAUCGCAUGCUGCAUCGACCAACAAUCGAGGCUUGGAUCGACGCUUUAGUCAAGGAUAGAACAGAAGGCAAGCCGAUUGGACACUCACUCGGCCAUGCAAAAUCGUCCAUUUUACUAGCUAUCAUGGCUAUCGCUACUUUGCGUUACGAAAAGGUCCACGGAGAUAUGACAUCUCAAAGUGAAGCAGAUGCGCUUGGCGAAAGCGACCGGCUUUUCUGCAUGUCUACAAGUAUAACUGAGACCGAGACCGGGUUCCCACGAUUAGAGUCGGUACAAGCGAGGCUUCUCCAAGUGUUAUAUCUACUCCAGACAUCGCGAAUGAACAAGGGUUGGUAUACUUUCGGAAAUACAUGCAAUAUUACCCUUUCCUUGGGUAUGCACAGAAGACGAGAUUGCCAGCGAGAUGUUUCAUUUGCGAGCCGUCGCCUGGGUUAUAUUUCACUGCAAUGCUACAAACGCACCUUUUGGGUAGCAUACACAAUUGACAAGUACUUGAGUGUGGUUUUUGGACGGCCGAGGCUAUAUCAAGAUGAGGAUAUUGAUCAAGACUUUCCAGAAAGUGUUAAUGAUGAAGACAUGACACCUCAAGGGCCUUCGUUAUCUGAAGACUCGGGGGAUUGCCACAUUGAUUCACUUAUAUUGCAUGCUCGGUAUGUCCCUGUUAUAUGA